GGUGCAUGAUGGGGUGCAGGUUGCAGGACUCCAGCCAUGCUUCCUGGGAAGAGCCAGGCGAGCUCCAUCUCCACCGUGGUUGUUUAAGAUCCGGUAAAACUAGAAUCAGCUGCAUGUGAAACCUCCUGGGUUGAUUUGCGAAUCGGGAGACGUACGCACACCCCUCCCAAGCAAUGGGGGUGCCUUCCCAUCGCCAGAAAGGAGCUAAAAGCAAGAAAGAACGGAGGAAACGGGACCAGCCUGCCCCCUCGCCCCAGGAAGGAGGUGCCACAGAGAGCAAAGGGGCGCCUCUCCCCAGAUUGGAGCCUGCGGCAGCUGAAUAUUUCCGUCGGGCUCAUGAGACCUUGAAAUCCGGGUUUGACUCUGAUGAGGAGAAGGGCCUGUUUAUCAGCAACGUCUUGGAGGAGGCAGAAGGGGUGGCUCUUCCGUUAGCCCUGGAUACCGCCGGCUCUCUGCUCCUCCAGGCCCUGGUCCCGUCCGCUUCGUCGCCCAGCUUGUGCCGCCUGCUGCGGGCCUUGACGCCUUCCCUGCGCCCGGCGGCUUGCCACCCCUGUGGCGCCCACAUCCUGGAGGCUGUCCUGCUGAGGGCCCCGUUGCUGGUCGCGGAUGGAGCGGAGGAGGCCGGGACGCUGGAGGCGCUGGUGCUGGAGCUGGGGAGGGCCGUGCAGGAAGAGCUGUCGGCCUUCGCGUUGGACGCCCACGCCAGCUUCGUGGUGCGGACCCUGCUGCAGGCGCUCGGAGGGGUCCGCGUCGGAUCAGACGGAGGCCGGGGGCUGCCGGGUUUAGGGACGCCUCGCUCCAGAGCCAAACGAGCUAAACUGGGGAGUGAUGGACCCAUGGAGUUUGAGGUCCCGGACACCUUUCUCUCUCUCCUCCGUGAAUUCAGCGGCUGCUUUCAGGUGCACAUUUCAGAUUUCAUCACCAACAAAUUUUUCAGCCUCUGCCUCCAGGUGGCGCUGGAGGUCUUGCACCGGAAGCUGCCGGAAGAUUGCUCAGAGCUGUGCCGCUCGGUGAUUGGCUACUUGAGCAACUGCAACCCAGCUGCUGGGCAAAGCACCCUCCUGGUGUUUCUGAAGGACGCGACUUGCAGCCGGGUGCUGGACAAGGUCCUGGAGGUGUCGGAGCCGAAGGCCUUGCGCUCCUUCUACAAGGCUCACGUGAAGGGGCAGCUGCAGGUGUUGGCAGCACAUGAGGUGGCCAACUUCACCUUGCAGCGCCUCAUCCAGGCGGCCUCCCGCAAGCUGCUGGGACAACUCUUUGAGGAGCUGAGCCCGGGUGUGGAAGAGAUCAUGGCCCACGAGCACCUGGGCGUGGUCACGGCGCUCCUGGGGGCCUGCAGGAAACGCGGAGCUCACCAGCAGGAGGUGGUUCAGAUCCUCCUGGAGGCGUUCCACUGCUGGGAGCCUCCGCCCCGGCAACUGGCGUGCGUGACUCUCCUUGCUUCUGUGUUGGCUUAUGAGGUGUACUACGGUGAGGAGGAAGAUGAACAUCCCUCACAGAGCCAGGCUAGUCCAUCCCGUGCCUUGAGCUCUGUCUCCUACCACGGCUCCCUCAUGCUCCAGCACUUGCUGCACUUUGCUGACCCCUCCGUCGUCCUGCGCAGCUUGGCUGCCGCGGCCCCCGGGGAUCUGGUCACGCUGGCCUGCGACCCAGCGGGAAGCCACGUCUUUGACGCCCUCCUGGCCAGCAACUCCGUACCCGAGAAGCAGAGGCGCAAAGUGUUGCGUCGGUUCAAGGGCUGUUACGUGUCUGUGGCUUGCAGCAAGCACGGGAGCCGUGUCCUGGAUGCCAUUUGGAGCAAGGCCACCCUGCCGGCCAAACAGGAGAUGGCCCAGGAGCUAGCGGAGCAUGAGGCUCAGCUACGCCACGACCCCUUUGGCCAUCACCUGGUCCGGAACUUCGCCUUGACCCAUUUCCUGAAACGCCGCCGAGACUGGGACCGCCACCAGGAGGCGCAGAAGAAACGGCGGGAGCUUUUUGCUGAGAUCUUGGAGGAUUGAAUCGGACCUGGGCGGUGGGGGAGGACGUCCUUGGCAAAAGACUGAAACUGCGGCAUUGUGCGCAGGGCUGAAAGCCAGGGAUGUAUCUUUGUGCCCAUCCUGAGUUCCUUGGGCUCUAGAGGACUGCGUACCAGGAGAUGCUGUGGGCACCCUUUCCUGCUCCUGUCAAAUGGAUAUCGUUUUUGCAGCUAUUAAGAAGACUAUUUCUUUACACAUAGAGUGGUGUUCUUCCUUUAGAGAGGUUAUCCUGGCAGUGAAACUUCGCGAAGGGGCUGUUGGCUGUUUGUGCCAGCUGUACUACAAGGGAGAGGGGUGUGGAAGAGGCAGUGGCGUGGUUGGGGAGGUGUAACACCCCUUUAGGCUUAGGACAAGAGCCACCGCUCAGUGGGGGAGUGCUGGUUUUUGCUUGCAGGUUGUCCCAAGUUCAUAAGAACAUCAGAAGAGCCCUGAUGCUGGAUCAGACCAAGGGUCCAUCUAGUCCAGCACUCUGUUCCAACAGCAGCCAACCAGCUGUCAACCAGGACAUGGUGCAACGGCACCCUCCCACCCAUGUUCCCCAACAACUGGUGCACAUAGGCUUAACUGCCUCUGAUACUGGAAUUAGCACACAACCAUCAGGGCUAGUAGCCAUGGAUCAUCUCCGCCCCCAGGAAUUUAUCCAACCCCCUUUUAAAGCCAUCCAAAUUGGUGGCCAUUACUACAUCCUGUGGUAGUGAGUUCCCUAGUUGAACUAUGCGCUGUGUGAAGAAGUCCUUCCUUUGAUCUGUCCUGAAUCUCCCACCCAUCAGCUUCAUGGGAUGACCCUACUGGGUUUUUAGUAUUAUGAGAGCGGGAGAAAAAUGUCUCCCUUUCCACAUUCUCCACACCAGGCAUCAUUUUAUACGCUUCUAGCGUGUCUUUCCUUCAGUUCUCAUUACCCCUCAGGCCUAGCUGGCCUAGCCAGUGUUGAGGGAUGAAGGGUCAGCCAAAACAGCUGGAGAGCCAUGCAUUCCCCACUCCUGGGUUAAAGGACCUUGAGUAGCAGGACUGGAGGAAAUACCAGCUUGUCAGUCUGAGCAGCAAUCUCCUUGGAUGCUUCUUUUGGUGCUUGACAAGGUGCCUUCAGCUAUCGCCCUCUUCGAAGGCAUCUGGGCUACAUGACAGGGCUCGGAGACCUUCCUAGGAAAUGAAGUUGAAGGAGGAGGGAGAACCAUGGGCCGACUUGCAUGCCAUAACGGUGCUGCGCUACUGAGCUAACAUCCUUGCUGUCCUGCUCUUCUGGCUCACUAGACUCUGGGCCUGUUCAGACUCUGGAGUUAGCGAAACUCUGGUUCUCUGGGGUUAGCACUAACCACAAGCCACGCAGUUGCACACAACCCUUUAAGCCACGGUUAGAGCCCCUAACCCUGCUGCAGACGGUCCGACGGGUUAGUGAGUGAGCAGGGUUUUGCAAAACGCAUCGUGCUAGACACCUGAACCCCUGCUGCUUAACCAAAGGCCUUAACCCGCAGGGCUUAAGAUGUCUUCUGAACAGGCCCAAUAAUAAACUAGACAGACCAAUCGCACGACAGGGAAGAUUGCAGCUCUGUAGUACCGCAACAUUAGGGCCUCCUGCUUGAAGGUCCCAGGUUCAACCCCUAGCAUCUCUAUUUAACGAGGUGGAGAUGCCAGGGAUCUCCACCUUGCGAAACAGGAGGCCUGACCUGACAUAGCCACGCUCAUCUUGUGUUCUCAAGGCCAUGGAGACUGAGCCCCUGGCAGUCAUGAUAGUGCUGAGCUAGGCAGACCUACGGUGCAGCUCAGUAAUUUGGCUCCUUUUCUAUCGCGACAAGGACAUGUUAACCCGGCUAAACCCGC